AUGGCGAACGGCUUCGCGCCUCCCCCUGUUAGACAAGCUGAUUAUGGCUACGGAGCCGAUCCGUCAAUGCUCGGGAGGACGCCAAACCAGCGCUUUGCCAUGGACGACCGGUCCCCAAGUGCGCCCGCCACACGAAAUGGCUUUGCUCCGCCAACAUCGUCUGACCGUCCCUUUGGCGCUCCACUUGCCAAACAACGGUCUGCUCCACAGACGAUACCAGGUGCUCAGCAACAUGGCUACAACCAGUCUGCUAAUCCUGAUGGACUCCCCAGCCAUCCAGUCCCUGUUAGGCCUGGCCUGAACAACGGUCCUCCUGCUCCCAAACCCGCUCCUGUGCGCAACUAUGCCAACAACCCGGACUUGUCAUCAAGCAGUCGCGCUCAGUCGCAACCUAAGUCUCCUACGUGUGCUGAUAGCGGCAGCUCUGGUCCAGUGACGAAAGGUGAACUCGAUAUGUUGCGUUCAAGAGUUGAGGCGAAUCCCAAUGAUAUAAAAACUGCAAUGGUUCUGGUCAAGAAGCUUGUCGAAGCUUCGACUGUAUUGGCAUCGGAGAAUGGCCGUUUAGACGCAAAGUCAACUGCGAAAAACAGUGAACGAUAUGUUCUUGACGCCCACAAACGUGUCAAAAAGCUCGCGGCGGCUAACUAUCCGGAAGCAAUGUUUUACCUGGCAGACUGCUACGGAUCUGGAGACUUGGGACUAGAACCUGAUCCCAAGCAGGCAUUUUCGCUAUAUCAAGGUGCGGCCAAAGCUGGACAUGGCGCUGCAGCUUACCGAACCGCCAUGUGUUGCGAGAUGGGAGCCGAAGANGGGGGCGGCACCAAGCGAGAUUAUCACAAAGCUGUGCAAUGGUAUCAACGCGCCUCGCAGCUACAAGACGUGGCUGCCAUGUAUAAGAUGGGAAUGAUCCUACUCAGGGGCCUUCUUGGCCAGCAGAGAAACGUAGGGCAAUCCGUGGCGUACCUCAAAAGAGCAGCUGACAAUGCUGAUGCCAACAAUCCACAUGCCAUUCACGAACUUGCUCGUCUUCACGAAGAGGGAAAUCCCGAUCCUGCUAUCAGUGCAGCAGUGAAGCCGGACGAGAAAUACGCACAGAAGAUGUACAUACAAGCAGCCAAGAUGGGCUACAAGCAAUCGCAGUUUAGACUGGGCCAAGCCUUCGAGUAUGGAUCGUUGGGUCUGCCGGUCGAUUCGCGCAACUCAAUUGCAUGGUACUCCAAGGCAGCUGCUCAGGGUGAGCACAAUGCUGAGCUGGCGCUCUCCGGUUGGUACCUCACGGGUGCCGAGGGGAUUCUAAACCAGUCGGAUACGGAGGCAUACCUCUGGGCACGCAAAGCUGCGACGAGUGAACCUCCGCUUGCAAAGGCCAUGUAUGCUCUGGGCUACUACAUCGAGAACGGCAUUGGCUGUCCUGCUAGUCUAGAGGAAGGCAAGAGGUGGUACACCAGGGCCGCUUCGUACAAGUUCCCCAAGGCCGUUGAAAGACUAGAAGAAAUCAGGAAGGGCAAAGCAGCAAAGCCCCAACCCAAUCAGGGUCGCUUGACCAGAAGCAAUCAGAAGAGAGAUGAGGCUGAGUGCGUGGUCAUGUGA